AUGCCCAGCAUCACCACCACUGAUGGGUACACCUUCACCAACUGGGGCCCCUUGACAAUGACUUUCACGGGCCCCGCCAGUUGCGCUACUGCUACAGGAAAUCAUAUGCUUGGACUUAACAACACAGCUCCUGUCUGGGAAUAUGCAGUCCAGUGCUCCACAGUGGGAUGUGGUGACUGCAUUCCAACUAGGACAGUAUCCCUCUCAACCACUUCAGAUGAGAACCCAACUACACUUGAGACUCAGGUUUAUUUCUCGCCGGGCCUGUACUGCCCAUCUAGAUGGGCCACAAGGGGAAUCGCAGUACGCGAUUCUAACAAUGGACUCAGCUCUUCGGGCAUCCUAAGUCCCACUAGCAUAUCAACUGAGACCAUCAUUGUGGAGGGGACUACUUCCAAGCCCCUUGAGAAUAUAGUCACUGCUAUGCAGCCAAUAAGUGUCAUGACGCGAACAUUUAGUCCGUCAGAAACCUCUUAG